ACCUUCAUCCCAAGUCGCAGCGUGGAUGCAACUGUUCGACUUCACCUCCUUCCCCGGAAGUACCGCCUCUGUUUCGUGUUGAUUUUGAUGUCGGAUUGUCCACCACCCUGCGCCGGCUACAGCCUCACCACCCUUGCGACGCUCUCUUUCGACACUACCCGACAGCCAUCCUGCCCCUUUGCCUUCACUCAUCUGUGACUUGAGUGUCAUGGUGCGAGUCAUGGGAGCGGGAAGGAAGUAAUCUCCAUUAUACCAUCUCGUUUCCGACCAAUACGCCCUCACGGAGCAGUCCCUACGCCUUCGACUGUGUCGGUCCCUGAGACCAAACGCCUCGAGAUACUGUGAUCCCUAUGGCCUCCUCCACCCGCUCCUCGCGUCGCUUCCUCAAGCCGCUCGUCUACUCUGCCGCUGCCCUUGCUGGUGUUGGUGUAGCCGUCAUAUAUGUUUCCUACAGGCCCAUCAAUGUCCCCGGGUCCCAGGGAGCCGUCGUCCCUGUUCUACGCACAAAAGAUGGAAAAAUCAUACCACCUAAAUUCCCCUUGAUAAAGUCCCGGGCAGAGCAGAUCGCAGACCUUCGAAAAAGUGGCGGGCUAGUUGGGGCAAGCUCAGAGACACAAAUUACACAGCAGAUCCGGAACAGCUUUGACAGACUCCGUGGCGUAACGAGCACGACAGGCGAUAAAGAUGCGCAACUUGCCGCGGACCAAGACGCUGGCGAGCCGUACGACUUGCUCGUCAUCGGCGGUGGUGCCACGGGUUCGGGCAUUGCACUCGAUGCCGCAACACGGGGACUCAAAGUCGCACUGGUUGAACGAGAUGAUUUCGCUGCCGGCACGAGCAGCAAGAGCACAAAACUCGUACACGGCGGCGUGCGAUAUCUUGAGAAGGCGGUCUGGGAACUCGACUACAACCAGUACGCUCUGGUCAAAGAGGCCUUGCGAGAAAGGAAGUAUUUCCUCGACACAGCGCCACACUUGAGUACGUGGUUGCCCAUCAUGAUACCGCUCCAGAAAUGGUGGCAGGCGCCAUAUUUCUGGGCCGGCACGAAAUUCUAUGACUUUCUCGCUGGCAGCGAGGGUAUUGAAACCAGUUACUUUCUAACCAAGAGCAAAGCACUGGAUGCAUUCCCGAUGCUGAAAAAGGAGAAUCUCGUAGGUGCCCUGGUGUAUUACGACGGUGCGCACAACGACAGUCGGAUGAACGUGAGUAUUGCGGCAACAGCGGCGCUGUACGGGGCAACUGUUGUGAACCACUUGGAAGUUACCCAGUUGACCAAAGAUGCGAACGGUCGACUGACCGGUGCUGUGGCGAGGGAUAUUAUUGAUCUCAAGAACGGUGGCAGGGGAGCUCCGAUCACAAUACGUGCGAAGGGUGUUAUCAAUGCGACGGGCCCUUUCUGUGAUAGCAUUCGAAAGAUGGAUGAUGAGAAGGCACAAGAAAUUGUGGCGCCAAGUUCGGGUGUGCAUGUUGUGCUGCCCGGGUACUACAGUCCUCAAAAGAACAGCAUGGGCUUGAUCGAUCCGAGCACGAGUGAUGGGCGAGUCAUUUUCUUCUUGCCGUGGCAAGGCAAUACGAUUGCUGGGACGACGGACGCACCGUGCAAUAUAACGCAACAACCCGUUGCAGGUGAAGAUGAGAUUGGGUGGAUCUUGAAUGAGAUCAGAGGCUACCUCUCACCUGAUAUCAAUGUAAGACGAGGAGACGUCCUGGCCGCUUGGUCAGGCAUUAGGCCGUUGGUGAAGGAUCCAAAAGCAAAGAACACCGAGUCCCUUGUGCGAAAUCACCUUGUCACAGUGUCGGAAUCCGGUCUGCUUACCUGCGCAGGUGGAAAGUGGACGACGUAUCGCCAGAUGGCUGAGGAUGCUGUCGACGAGGCGGUCAAACAGUUCAGUCUGCAGACAAGACCUGUACAAACACCGAGAAGGAUAAGUGGCUCGGAAAGAGUGAAUGAUGCUGCGCCGCUUGAUGGAUCGUGUCAGACACAUCAGGUGCGAUUAGUUGGAGCGCAUGGGUAUUCCAAGACGCUCUUCAUCAACCUCGUACAGCAUUUUGGCAUAGAGACCGAAGUGGCAAAGCAUCUUGCCGAAGCUUAUGGCGAUCGAGCUUGGACGGUUGCAGCUCUCUCAAGCCCUACAGACGAACGAUUUCCGGUUCGAGGCAAGCGAAUUUCACCACUUUAUCCUUUUGUGGAUGGCGAGGUGCGGUACGCGGUCCGCCAUGAAUUUGCCCAGAGGGCCGUGGAUGUUAUCGCCCGGCGAACCAGACUUGCAUUCCUGAACGCCCAAGCAGCACUGGAAGCUUUACCCACAGUCAUCGACUUGAUGGCGGACGAGCUGAAGUGGGACAGCAAGCGUAAGGAGGCGGAGUGGAAGGACAGCGUGGCUUUCCUUGCUUCGAUGGGUCUUCCAAAGAGCAAGUUGGGAGUAUCACGAAGAGAUGUUGAGACUGGGAGGGCUGGCUUUGCGGACGACUGGGAACGGAAGUUGUAUUCCAGAUAUGAUGGCCCUGCAGAUACACUGGCGAGUGACUCAAAGCUACAGCCCGGCCAAAAUCCGGGGUUGGGCACUGAAUCCCCAGCCAACUCGUAGGACGAAUUCGUCCCUUCAACCAUCCAUACUUGUUCUAAACUUAAUACCGAUGAUUGUUCCCAGAUCUGGUGCAGCUUCUCGCGUACCGAAUUUCGUUGAGGUCGAUUCCUUCUGACUCCGGCUGCCUUGCGACACUUUUCACCUUUGCCCAUCAGACCGCAGGUGGCUGCAGCAAUGACCUCCGCCUCAGCGCAUAGAUGCCAUGACAACACCAUGAGCUACAUGAAAAUGCGGUGAUGGCUCUUGCCGAUCAUGAGCUGUUGCCUUCCUGACAGCGCCUUGUGUGGUUCUUGCCUCUGGGUGAUUUUCUUGGUUCACCAACGAAACGUCUGUAUCAAGUGUCGGGUAAGAAAGGUUCUUCAUUUAGCUUGCAAUUCGACACCUUUUCCAGCCUGCAUACAUAGGGCGGGUAUCCUUCCUCUCCUGCUGUUCCUCUUC